UCCGUACAAACUUAAACUCUUAUAUUUUCCACUCAGAUCGUCAUUUUUACCUUUGGCGUUGCACAUCCAAUUCCGAAAAUUUUCUUUAUUGUAAACCUAGUUUUCUCGAUUCCGAACGAAAGUCCAUAUAUCGCGGUGGUUUUCGUGGUGGUCUGCGCCGUAAUUUGCCAGUGUUACGGUUACUAUAUUCAAAGAUGCCUUCGGCUCAAGACCCAUUCUAUGUUGUGAAAGAGGAGAUUCAACAAUCUAUUGAGAAAUUGCGAGAUUCAUUUCACCAAUGGGAACGUAUUUCCGGCAAUAGUGGAGAGCAAGUACAUCUUACAAAGGAAUUACUUGGUAAUUGCGAGAGCAUUGAUUGGCAGGUGGAUGAAUUGGACAAAGCAAUUGCUGUUGCGGCUAGAGAUCCUACUUGGUAUGGCAUUGAUGAAGUGGAACUUGAAAAACGAAGGAGAUGGACUAGUACUGCUCGUACUCAGGUAAGUGCCAUAAAGAAAGCAGUAGAAACUGGUAAAGAGUCGAAUGGUACUGGCACUACCACUAUGAAUGGGAUGCGCCGAGAACUAAUGAGGCUUCCAAAUCCAAAUGAGACAGAUAGAUCCCACCAGUAUUCUGCCCAUGAUAAUGAUGAUUUUAUAGCAUCAGAAUCUGAUAGACAGUUGCUUCUCAUAAAGCAGCAGGAUGAGGAGUUGGAUGAACUUAGUGCAAGCGUGCAGAGAAUUGGAGGUGUUGGGCUUACCAUACAUGAAGAGCUCCUUGCACAGGAGAGAAUUAUAGAUGACUUGGGUAUGGAAAUGGACAGUACAUCAAACCGUCUUGACUUUGUUCAGAAAAAAGUGGGUAUGGUCAUGAAGAAGGCUGGUGCCAAAGGCCAGAUUAUGAUGAUAUUGUUUUUGGUGGUCCUGUUCAUCAUCCUUUUUGUCUUGGUCUUUUUCACUUGAUGUAGAGAAUGAAAAUGAAAUCUGUCUGCAAUGUUCAUACGUGGAAGAGGGAGGGGCUAUUUACGAAUGCAUAUGAUUUUAUUGGCGAUCUGGGUUUGUUGAAUAAAAAGCUGACCUGGAAAUUCAUAACCAAAAAGAAGUCGUGUUUCGAGGUUCUUUACAAUUUUUGAAAGUUUUACAAGAAUGUGAUGUUUGAACUUGGAUUGGCCUACAGCAUGUAAAACCGCAAAAAUACUAUUCUAUUAGUUAAUUCCGUAUCACAUUUUAUGUUCGUUGCGAUUUUUCAAUUUAGCCAUCACAAGUUCUAUA